GCAGAACCAGGAAAUCUGUCAACGAAGAUAACGACUCUCCUAACCACAAACAGAACUGAAAAGCUAGAAUCACCUAAUGUGUUCAAGAUGUUUACAUGAACUGGUGAGAACGGUAUAGUUGCAAGAGUGUUAAUAAAGGAGGGUCGCUUGCACUAACUUUGUGGUAAAUGGCAGUAGGUUCGGAGUUGCUAACAAGCUAAAGACACUGGAACAUGGCAAGCCUCGGCAAAUCAACAAGUAAAGUUUCCAGGAAAGAAACCAGACCGCGAUCUCCGCCAGAUCGUAAGCGUGCGAAGGCGUCUGAGGAGUUUAAUUCGGUGUCAGAGGAGCAGCCACCGAGCCCCACUCUAAAGAGGGACGACAUCCAGGCCCUCAUCAUCAGACGAGAGGACCUGGACAAGCUUCGGAUUCCACAGCCCCCUAAGGACUCCAACAAGCCCCCACCGAUGACACGCGUGUUGGUUAGGAAGACCCGCCCCCCAGACCAAACCAGGAAGGAGAUAGCCAUUUCUGUGGCGAGGCCCCUCCCACAGAACUCCAUCCCCCAACCACUGGAGUACACAGGGCCUGGUGGACCUCGCUUUGACUCCCAGGGCAUGAUUCUGCCCCAUAGCAUCCUGGGAAGACUGGAGGACUUCAGGAGAGACAUGGAGGCCAGGGGAGAGAUGGAUCUGGUCAGCCGUGUGCCUGUCCCCCAGGACGAACUCUCCCAAUUGGCUGGAGAACAUGUGGACGGGUCAGAGCACAUGCCCAGUGCCUGUGACCAUGACAACGUCCAGAACCACGCCUUGCAACACUGGGAUGACUGCAUGGCUGAGAGGUGGCGACAGCAGGACUUCAUCUCCCGGCUGCUGCAGAGGCCAGUGGAGCAGCUGCUGAUGAACCAGUCCAACCUCUACCGGCAGACGCAGGAGCAGAGGGAGCUCAUCAGCAAAGGCCUGCCGGCCCUGCAUGCAGGACACGGUUAUCGAGUGGGCAGCGAGUUCUGGAAUCUGCCUCAGCGCUAUGGCGACGAGAGGAGCGGGAUCACCGCCACGCUGACCCAGACGGAGAGAGGAGACCCGCCCCCCGUCACACACGUCGCUCAGCCACACACCAUACGCCAGCAGUCAGGUAAUGUGGUGCCGGAGGUGUCUGUGAGUCGUGCGUGGGACAGCAGUCUGUACCUCAGCCAGCGCCGAGAGGAGCUGAAGGACGUGCUGAGAGAGCUCGACUUCAACCAGCCGGAGAUCGACGGUCUGGAGGUCAUCGGCUCUGGCCGUCCGUUCACCUCGGUGACGGUGAAGCGCUCGGCCCUGCUGGGAGGAGGGAAAGAGGGGGAUGAGCAAGAGGCCGCGGAGGACGAGAGCGGAGAGGGGGAUCACAAGGAGAACGAGGAUCCACUGUCCAAGUAUGAUGAUGUGCUUUUGGAUGCUGUGUUGGUUCCCGCACUUCGCUUCUGUGGGGAGCUGGCACUUUGGACUGGUAGCCCUUCGUCACACAAGGGCGAGGUGGGCAUCAGUGCGUGUGUGACGUUCGAGGCGGUGACGGGCGAGAGCGUGAGCUCUGCCAUGGAGCUGGAGAACCAGGGCAGCACGGCCAUCUACUACAGCUGGCAGAAGAUCCCACACACACACAGCUUCGCCGAGGCCCGCGGCGCGCACACACACGCGCAGAGCUUCUACUUCAACACCAGCAUGGGUGUGAUCCUGCCAGGUGCGCGGCAGCGCGUGCUGUUCACCUUUAAGAGCGAGCGCGCGGGCAUCCUGAGCGAGCUGUGGCGCCUCAACACUCACCCCGCGCUGCUCGGGGGCGCCGCCCUGCAGGUCACGCUCCGCGGCGUCGCCCUCUACCAGGACACCAACGCACCGCACAGACACGCCCUGCAGAUGGAGAUCCAGCACAGAGAGGCGGUGUCUGUGUGUGUGUCCUUGGUCUCUGACCUGCUGCGUGGGAUCCGCACUCCAGAGAGACCCAGCUCUCCUCCCCAACUCUACCACACAGAGGAGGACCACUUCAUCACCAUCAACCCACAGCUCCAUUACCACUACGAGACCAUCGAGGCCCUGAAGAGCCUCUGGAAGGAAGUGACAUCCUCCGCGCAUUAUGAUGUCACAGACACAGCCACGGAGUGGGACCUGUCAGUGGCCACUCUCAGACAGGCGGUGUUGAGUCUGCCCAGAGUGAACUCGGCGGCAGCGGCGGCGGCGGAGGUGGAGGUGGAGGGCCUCCGUAGGGAGGAGGCUCUGUCCCAGCUCAACGCCCUGCUGAUGGUGCUCCAGGCCGCCCCACAGCCUCCUCCACCCCUCACUCCACACACCAUCGGGCUGCAGCUGUGGAGGGAGCUGGCGGACGCGCUGGUGUCGGAGGCCGUGGAGCUGAGACAGACGCUGGGGAUGCCGGAGCUUAGGACCUGGGGGGAGAGUCAGCAGGACCUGCAGGAGGAGGCCUGCACAAGAGUAAAGAAGGAGGAGAAGUCUGAGAAGAAAGGUGCGGCCUCUCCAAAGGAGGAGAAGAAGGGAGGGAACAAGGAGAAGGAGGACAAGAAGGGGACGCCCAGGUCCACCCCUGUGAAGGACAAACCCGCAGAGCAGGAGCGUCCAGGCAGCCGUAAGAAGAGCCGCGAUGAGAAGCCGGCGGGGGGCAAGUCUGGCAAGGAGUCGGGCCGCGACACGCCCACCAACGGCGCCAGCCCCGAGCAGGAGGUCAGCGGCGAGCGGCCGCCCGCAGAGACCGUCCACCCCGCCGUGAAGGAGAAGUACCGCCGACAGCUGCACCGCCAGGUGUAUGUGCGGACAGAGCGGAUGCUUCUCUCUCUGUGGGACUUGCUGGAGGACUCACCUCCCAAACAGGACAAGGACGCCUAAGUCCUCAGAUUCCGUCUCUCUCUCUCUUGCCCUCUCUCUCUUUAUUUCUCUCUCUCCCUCUCUCUCUCUCUCUCUUUCUUUCUCCCACUCACAGAGUUCUUUUCUCAUGGUCAGACUAAGUGGAAGUUUUCGCACAAUAAACGGUCACAGUAUUUUCCCA